UUAAGCUGCCGUCGUAAUUUUCCAGUAUCAAACGCCGUCGUUGUUAAUGUUUCGUCGGCGCAGGUCUUUGGUAUUGCGUUUUAUUAUUUCACUUCAUAAUCACGUAGCAAAAGCUUUUAUUAGCAUAAAAAAUUACAAAAAUAAUAAUAAAUAUUAAUAACAUUUGUAUAAAUUUAAUACAAAAAGAAGGCCCUUAAGUGUUAAGUGUUUAGUCCCACAAGGAGUACAUUCCUAUUAGAUUUUCGACAAGCCGGUAUUGGCAAUGCUAAGGAUCCGUUUAAAAAUGGGUCCUCAUCAGCAGUUACAGCGCAGCAAGGAGUGGACAUGUUGUUUUGGCCUACAUGUUCAUACCGCCACCAUAAUGAUUGGCCUUUGGCAUUUGUUUCUAAAUAUUUUGGCUUUAAGUUUAUUGGCGGUUAUUAUGCGUAAUCCCCAUAUGAUGGAAGAAUUGGAAAAUAGCUAUGAUUACAAUGUGGAUCUCAAUGCUCCAGCCUUGCCGACUCCCUUAAGUAAAGUUGAUCCUCCCUAUGCGUAUCGCGAUCAUUCAUUGAAUUAUCGUAAACAAUAUCAAAACUAUGAUAUGGGCGGCUUGGUUUGCACCUGUAUGAUAGCCAUUACUAUGAUGAUGAUUUAUGGUGCAAUUAAGGGAAAACCCUCUCACCUCUUGCCCUUCUUCUGCUUGCAAUUGUUUGAUUUUGCCAUUACUACUUUAACUGCUGCCGGCUAUUUGUGUUAUCUCCAAGCCAUACACCGCUUAAUUGAUGAAUCUCACCGUUUGCCCUGGCGUGAAAAGUUAUUGGAAUUGUCACCCGAAGAAUUGGUCAUAGUAGUGUUGAUCGUUUUCGUGUGCAUUGUAUUCCUUAAGGCCUAUGCCAUUGGCAUUGUCUGGCGUUGUUAUAAAUAUUUAACUUUGCGUCAGCAGAGCAUGCGCACUCUAUUACCUUUGGGUAUACCCGAUUUGACAGCCACCAAUUUGGGUUCGGAAGAGAGAGCAUAUUCGACUCUCUUGCCCAAUUAUGAUGAGGCUGUUAAUCAGUAUAUGAAACAGGCACCACCACCCUCCUAUCAAGUGGCCAUGUCUAAUUAUCAGACUCAAGAACAAGAAAAUAAUUUACCCGGUUCAGUGGCCGUCGAAGAGGAGGAUAAUAAUAAUGAUUCUUCGAACAAUAAUAAUACUGUUCAUAUUAAUAAUAAUACACCACCCAUGAGACGUAAUGAAAAUACUGCUGCUGUUGCUGCUGCUGCUCAUAUAGCUGAAGAACUGGGUGCUGUAGGUGGUCCAGUUGCUGCUGCUGCUGAGAAUGAUGAAGCUUUGAUACCACCUCCUUCUUAUAAUGAGGUUAUUAUUGAACCGGUUGUAAACACUCCGGAGGUAUCUACUAAGAGUAACGAUAUUUUAGUUGUUGUUAAUUCACCAACUACUACCGGGUCCUCUAAUGCUAAUAUUGCUCAAGUUAAUAAUAAUAAUGAAAGUCAAGCUUAAGAUCAGUUAUCGGUGAUCUUUUCAAAGGUAAUUUUUUUGGGGGUUGUGUUAAGGAAAGAAAAGAAGACAGUUGUGCCUAAAGUUGUUUUAUACUUUCAAAAAAGGAAUAGUUUUUGGAAGAAAACUGGCAGCUUUUAAAAUUCUAUACUAUUUAAAAAAUUUUAAAACUUUUUAUUGUUUAGGAGAGAUUCAAACUACUACAAACUACAAAAAAGUACUUUUUUUAUAAAAAGUUUACUAAAUUUGGUACUUUUUUAAGUAUUAAAACGUAAUUUAAAAUUUUAUUAAUUUUUUAAGAGCAAAAGCUUUUUUUUUUAAUUUAAAUCUAUAUACUAAACUAGUUUUUGCAAAUAGGUACUAUAAAUAGUACUUUUUCCACAAAAAGGUACUAAAUUUAGUACUUUUUUAUACUUUUAUUACAAAUUCGGUGAGCAUACAUUGAUUUUAAUGUAAAAAGCUAAUAAUUUUCUGUAAAAAAUUUUGAUGCCCAUUUUGGGUAUUUAAAAUCCCCAUUUUGGGAAUUUGCAAAAAUGGGGUAUAUUUGUUGUUUAACGAUAAAAUUACAUUAAUCUAAAACAAAUUAUACAAUUUCUGUUCAAAAUUUUAAAAAAUUUAAAUUUUUAAAAAUUAAAUUUUCAAAAUCCCCAUUUUUGAGAUUAAUCCCCAGGAGGGAAAAUUUAUUAAAUUUUAUUAAAAUACCUAAAACUAAACAUGUUUUUAUUAAAAUUUCUUAAAAAUAUUUAAUUCCCAAAGUGGUUUUUACAAAUCCCCAGUUUUGGAGUUUGCUAAAAAUAACAGAUUUUUGUAAUUUAGCAACAUAAUUCGAUGAAACUGAAACAAAUUAUUGAUUUGAUGUUAAAAUUUUUUACAAAUUUGUUUUUUCAAAAUCCCCAUUUUUGAGAUUUAGCCCCAGUAGUAAAAUACAUAAAAUUAAACGCGUUUUAUUAAAAUUUCGUAUAAAAUGUAAAUUCCCAAAGUGGUUUUGGUAAAUCCCCAUUUUAGCGAUUGAUAAAAACAAUAGAUUUUUGUAAUUUAGCAACAUAAUAGGAUGAAACUGAAACAAAUUAUAUAUUUUCCGUUAAAAUUUUCUUCAAAUUUAAAUUCCUAAAUUGUAUUAAAAAAUCCCAAUUUUUUAAAUUUAUCCCCAGGAUGGAAAAUUCAUUAAAUUUUAUUAAAAUACCCAAAACUAAACAGGUUUUUAUUAAAAUUUCGUUAAAAAUUUGAAUUCCCAAAUUGAUUUUGUUAAAUCCCCAUUUUGGGGAUUGAUAAAAACAAUAGAUUUUUGUAAUUUAACAACACAAUACGAUGAAUCUGAAACCAAUUAUGAAUUUUCUGAUAAAAUAUCUUAAAAAUCUAAAUUCCUAAAUUGUAUUAAAAAAAUCCCCAUUUUUGAGAUUUAUCCUCAGGAGCGAAAAUUCAUUAAAUUUUACUAAAACAUAUAAAAUUUAACAUUUUUUCAAUAAAAUUUCGUAAAAAAUUUGAAUUCCUAAACUGGUUUUAAGAAAAAUGUAAUUCUAAAAUUGUGUUAUAAAAAUCCCCAUUUUGGGAAUUGUUAAAAGAAUAUAAUUUUUUAAACUAAAAGUUAAAUAAUCUAUAAAAAAGUAAUAUUUUUCUUAAAACUAAAAUUCCCAUUUUGGGUAUUGUAAAUCCCCCUUUUUGGGAAUUUACAAAAAUCAAGUGAUUUUGGUAAUUUAGCAAAAUUAUUACAAAAAACUUUAUAAAACUAAAGAUUUUUUUAUCAAAAAAUUCUUUAAAUUUUAAAUUCCCAAUUUGGUUAUUAAAAAUCCCCUUUAGGGGAACAUUUCCUAAAAUAGUAAAAUCAUACAAGUUGUAUUAAAAUUUUAUUUACUAAACGUUUUGUGUUAAAAAUUUGUCAAAAAAUUGAAUUCCCAAAUUGGAUUUUGAGAAUCCCCAUUUUGGGAAUUGUUAAAAAUAAGAGUUUUAAGUUUAAAUUUCGCAAAAUUACAUUAAACUAACACAAUUUAUAGAUUUUUUGUAAAAAAAUUUAAUUUCCAAAGGGGGGAUUUUUUAAAGUUUUUUAGAGCACAACUUUCCUCUUUUACUUUGUUUAACAUAAACUGAAACAAAAUUUUAUUGGUUUGUAAACAAGAUUUAUAGUAUUUAGAACAAAAACAAGAAACACAUGAAUAAAAAAUGAAAUAAAAUUUAAAAAAAUGCAGGUCCUUUUAUAAGAAAACUCUUUAAAUCUAAAAUAUCAAAAUUAAACUUUAAAAAAUAUUCCUAAAAAACACACAAAGAAGAAUUGCAACAAAUAAAAAUAAAUGACACAACAAUUUACAAAAUUAAAUUAAUAAAAAUAAAACUCUAUCUCUCUCUUUCUACUAAACAAAGCACACCUUAGAUUCUUAUCUUAAAAAAAA